GUGGCCGUGCCGGGGAGGUCAGCAAAUGGCGACCCGAGCCCGAGGCGCUGACUCCCGGUCACCCGGGCCUGCGCGGCGACGAGCGUGGGCGGAGGAGGGCGCAGCUCGGCGGGGCCGGGAGCCCAGCACCCGGGCCCUCCUCCCCUGGGCUUUUGGAAACUUGAGUUCAUUGGGGACCAGCGGGUUAAGGUGCAGACUGAAGCAUCGUAACUCUCCGCGGGAUGAGCGAAAGCUGGACUGGCCAUUAUGGAGGAGGACCUGCAGCAUUCACACUGUGUGAAUUGUGUCAGUAGACGGUGUAUGACCAGACCAGAGCCUGGCGUUUCCUGUGACUUGAUUGGUUGUCCAUUGGUUUGUGGAGCAGUUUUCCACUCUUGUAAAGCUGAAGAGCAUCGACUUUUAUGUCCAUUUGAACGUGUGCCUUGCUUAAAUAGUGACUUUGGAUGCCCAUUUACCAUGGCUCGAAAUAAAGUUGCUGAACAUCUAGAAAUGUGUCCUGCAAGUGUGGUGUGCUGUACUAUGGAGUGGAACCGAUGGCCUGUGAGUUACGCAGACCGGAAAUCAUAUGAAAAUCUAAGCAGAGAUGUUGAUGAAGUGGCACAAUUAGAUAUGGCCUUGGCCCUUCAAGACCAAAGAAUGCUCUUAGAAUCUCUCAAAGUAGCUACUAUGAUGUCAAAAGCAACGGAUAAAGUAUCUGAACCUAGGGAAAAAAUACCAGUUAAAUCAAGUGUCCCAGAAACACCACAUACUAAUGGUUUGGUGUCUGUUGAUGAAUCUUACGGUGCACUUUAUCAAGCUACUGUAGAAACAACUAGAAGUUUGGCUGCGGCUUUAGAUAUCUUGAAUACUGCCACAAGAGAUAUUGGCAUGUUAAAUACAAGUCCUUGUGCUACCCCAAAUGAAAUGGAUGAAGGAAAAAACACCAGAGAAAGCUUGCAGGGUAGAAACUUAAAAGACCAGGACCAUCUUUAUGAGGACGAGAUAGGGGCAGUAGGUGGAACUGACCGUAAUGGCACAAGUCAGAAUGCCCAGUCUGAACAAAAUAGUUCCAGUGAUUUAUUAUGUGACUUGAAUGCAGGUUCUUACGGCUCUUCUGCUCUUUGUAAUGGCUUUCCUUUGGAAAAUAUAUGUCCACAGGCGAAAGACCAGGAUCAACAGAAUAACUUAAUAAAUGGAGAAUGUGUGGCAUCAGAUGAUACUUCAGAACCUUCCAGUUCACUUUCAUUAGCAGCACAACUUAGGGAAGUAAUGCCACCCAGUGCUUUGCCUAAUGGCACAGUUCAGCAUAUCCUCAUGCCAGAUGGUGAAGAUGAGGGAGAACUGUACUGGAGAAAAGUAGACUUAGGGGACUUGAGAAAUGUGGAUGUCUUCUCUUUUAGUCAUACUCCUUCAUUCAAAUUUCUUUCUAAUUCAUGUUGGUCUAAGCCAAAGGAAGAUAAAGCAGUAGAUACAUCAGACUUGGAAGUUGCAGAAGAUCCCAUGGGCCUCCAAGGAAUAGAUCUGAUUACAGCAGCCUUACUGUUUUGUCUAGGAGAUUCUCCGGGUGGGAGGGGUAUAUCUGAUAGUCGCAUGGUUGAUGUUUACCACAUUGACUUUGGGACGCAGACUUUUUCACUUCCAUCUGCAAUAUUAGCCACAAAUACAAUGGUUGGAGAAAUAGCUUCUGCUUCAGCUUGUGAUCAUGCCAAUCCACAGCUUUCAAAUCCAAGUCCUUUUCAGACACUUGGACUGGAUUUAGUAUUGGAAUGUGUUGCUAGGUACCAGCCUAAGCAGCGUUCAAUGUUUACCUUUGUGUGUGGACAGUUAUUUAGAAGAAAAGAAUUUUCUUCACAUUUUAAGAAUGUGCAUGGUGACAUUCAUGCUGGACUCAAUGGCUGGAUGGAACAGAGAUGUCCUCUAGCGUAUUAUGGUUGUACCUAUUCUCAGCGAAGGUUUUGUCCAUCAACACAAGGAGCAAAAAUUAUACAUGACCGCCAGUUGAGGUCAUUUGGAGUUCAGCCAUGCGUAUCUACAGUAUUGGUAGAGCCUGCUAGAAACUGUAUGUUGGGAUUACAUAGUGACCAUCUGAGUGGUCUUCCUUUUGAGGUCCUACAACAUAUUACAGGUUUUCUUGAUGGUUUCAGUUUAUGCCAACUCUCAUGUGUGUCCAGAUUAAUGAGGGAUGUGUGUGGCAGUCUCCUUCAGUCUCGUGGAAUGGUCAUACUGCAGUGGGGGAAAAAGAAGUAUCCGGAAGGAAAUUCAUCAUGGCAAAUAAAGGAAAAGGUAUGGCGAUUCAGUACUGCAUUUUGUUCUGUUACUGAAUGGAAGUUUGCUGACAUCUUAAGCAUGGCUGACCACUUGAAGAAAUGCAGUUACAAUAUCGUUGAGAGACGAGAGGAGGCUAUCCCAUUGCCGUGUAUGUGUGUGACUCGAGAACUCACUAAAGGAGGACGUUCGCUGCGCUCAGUUUUAAAACCUGUACUUUAAAAACUGUAACUUGCACAUACAUGCAAGCACUUGGUAUAAUUUCUUUGUAAUAUGUGACACUUUAUUAAUGUAUUAAAGAUUACAACUAGCUAAAUUUAUUGUCACUGUGUAUAUAUAAUGUUUUGAAGUGACAUAUAUUUUUAUAAAGUAUUUAGUUGGAAAAAAGUUGCCUUAACGUUUGAAAUGUGUGAAAUUUUUGGAACUUGCUGGACAGGGUGAUUUAAUCUUUAGCUAUAUGACUUUCAGAAUGAGUAUCUUUCAUGGUGUGCAUAUUUUGGUUCUUAAAUUUUUUCGUAAAAUUAACAAGAUCCUGACCAAACAAUUUACUCCUCAUGUUUUUUGUGGGUUUGAAGCCCCGUGAAAUCAAAAUGUAAAACUUUGAAUCAAAUUUUGGCAGCAUAGGUUUUUCAUUCAGAUAAACAUUUUCAAUUGCUUAAGUACUGCCAUAAGAUCAGUAUAAUGUGCUCCCUUUCCACAGUUGCUGAUGCAUAUGUGAUCUCCAGUAUGUGAAAUAUGAUUAAAAAAAUAUGGUGAAUAUUUACAUUAAAAAACAUUUAUUAAAGUAAGAUACAUUGCCAUUAUUCUUCCCUUCUGCAUCUUAAGUGUCUUUAGUUGGGGUGUUAUGACCACCUAAAUCAGCUCAACAUGUUUACCUUUCAUAGUCAUUGUAACUUUGGGGAAGAGUUGCAUGGUGCCAGAUCUGGUGAAUAAGGUGGAUGGGACACAUUGUAAUGCUUUUAUGAACUUGCUUUUCCAUUUGAUAGCAGCAUUCACUGUACGUUUUGAUCACACUUUGUAAAGAACUCACAAAAGAGGACUUCUUGAACUACUUCAGAAAUUGGCAAGAAUAAUGGGAUAAGUAUGUUGGAAGCAAGGGGGAUUAAUAAUUUAAAAAAUUUAAACAUUCACUGAAUAUUUUGAUCACUCUUAUUAAAUAUAUAAAUCACAAUAUUUAAAAUAACAGCUAAUGUUUGGUAAUGCCAUUUGUUUUAAAAAUACAAAGAUGUGUUCAUCUUACGUUCUUACAACUGUUAUACAGUGAUCAUUUACACCUUUUGUUUUUAUUAGAUGCCAGAUCCAAAGACUCUUGGCAGUGUUUUACCUGACAGGUAAAAGCAAAACAAGCAAACAGAAAGCAAGCCUGUGAAUUUGAAACAAUUCAUGGUACUAUAUUUGCUAGAUAUUUAAUAUUUGAGAAGCAAAUAUACCUCAUUUUAAGUGAAUAUGGCAUAUUGUAUGUUAAUUUCAAAUAUUCAGAAUGUAAAAGGGCUUAACUUUUUUCAUAAGCAUUUAAAAUUUUUCUUAUUGAUGUUUAUAAAAAAUACAACUGAAUGAAGCAUUUAAAAAUGUGAAAUUUUGUGUCCCUUAUGUAAGGUAAUGAUUGAGCAGAAACUUGUAUUGAUUGACAAUCUCUUCAAAAUGUUUCCAAGUUAAUUCCCCAUACACAUCUGUAUUAGAAAGUAAGAGUGAGUGGUAUCUUUGUAUAAAGAACAAAAUAUGAGGACAAUUUUCAAAGUCCUGUUUUUGAAAUAUUGUUUUAAAAUUGAUUUAUAAUAAAGCUUGAUGUGGUCACCUUAGAAAGGAAUAUACAUGUUGUAUCAUAUUUAAAAAUAAAUUGCAAAGAUGGGGACAUAUAUUUAAAUAAUUUGUCUUAGGUGAAUUCUGGCAUUUGAUAAGCUGAAAUGGUGAAAAACUACCUUGUAAUAAGUGGCAAAACUAAUUGUAUCUCCUACAUUUGUCCUUGAGAGAGCUUUAUGGUUACUGAUUCAUGAUUCCCAUAUAUGGCAGUCAGGCUGGGCAGAGGCGUUCCUUGGGCAUUAGAGAAUUCUGAACUGCUUAAGAUUUGUUUUGGUUGAAUCAACUAAUCAGUUUUGCUUCACCUGUCAUUUUAAGUAUAGAAUACUUAUUUCUCAGUGCUUAAACUUUCUUUUUCAACUGCAGGAUGAAAUUGCAUAAAAUGUCUGUGUUUCUGUGAAAAAGCUAGAAAUAAGGUAUCAAGUACUGUAAAAUAUAACUCCAUCUUUUAAAGUUUUGCUGAAGAAUGUGUCUAUGAUUAGGCUACCACUAGCAUUAACUUUUUGCUUUAUGGUGUGCUUUAUUAAACCCCAUGAUUUUUAAGCUUAAGACUUCUUGUUUCCACACUGGUUCAUGAGCUAUUUAACAUUUUUCCACCUAUAUUUCUUUUACACAUCUUUUGCCAUUCUUUUGUUUGUUAUGCCACCAUAGUAUUUUGUAAAUAUGUUUUCUUUGUGCAACAUUUGUUCGUUCUAAUAAAAUUGUUUUCCCUUUAUAUGA